CCCUAAUAACCGAUUCGGUCAUUUCUGUCUUGCGUUACCACUCACUCUUUUCGUCGGAAUCCGAAUCGAUCUCAACGUUUCUUCUUCCUAUUAGGGUUUUUCUUCUUCCGUGUUAGAAGGCUCGAUAUUAGGGUUUCUCCUUCUUCGCUAGGGUUUCGGUUUGUUGACGCCCUUGAGUUGAAGAAGAGAAGGUUUUUUUUUAGAUUAAUUUAGGGUCACCCAUUUAUUCUUGACUUAAGGAGAUCUUGAACAAAAAAAACUUUGUCCAAAUCGGAAAACAGAGAUGGAAGACUGGGAGGAUGAGCCAAUUACACCUCUUGGAAAAAAAGAGGAACCUAAGAAUAAGUGGGAUGAUGAAGAUUUGGAUGAUGAUAAUGUGAAGGAGUCAUGGGAGGAUGAAGAUGAUCCUGCUCCGGCACCUGUAAUACAACCUCCUGCUGAAAAGCCUCCCAAGAAACCUGUGGAAAAAGCUACUGAGAAGAAAGGAAAAGCUGUUGAAGCAGUAACAGAAGUCACACUAGAUCCUGUAGCAGAGAAAAUUAGACAGCAGAGGCUUAUUGAGGAAGCGGAUUAUAAAUCCACGACAGAAUUGUUUGCUAAGAGAGGUGAUGAGAAGACUCUUGAUAAUUUCAUUCCUAAAUCUGAAAGUGACUUCGUAGAAUAUGCGGAGCUCAUUUCUCAUAAGCUGCGAUCGUAUGAGAAAAGUUUCCACUAUAUUGGAUUGCUCAAGGCUGUAAUGAGACUGUCAAUGACUUCCUUAAAAGCAGCUGAUGCAAAAGAAAUAGCCUCAUCUGUCACAGCAAUUGCAAAUGAGAAGCUGAAAGCGGAAAAGGAAGCCAAUACUGGUAAAAAGAAAAUUGGUGCAAAGAAGAAGCAACUUCAUGUUGAUAAGCCGGAUGACGACGUAGUUGUUAAUGCUUAUGAUGAUAUCGAUGACUAUGAUUUUAUGUGAGGGCUCGGAAAUUCUGUAUCAUCUUGUUUUACCCAUUUAUCCAAAAAAAGAACCAAAAAAAAAAAAAAAAAAAAAAACUUGGAUCCUGUGUCUUGAACUUUUGAAGAAGAGAUACCCAAUUGUCUGCGAAUUCUCUGCAAAUGUUGGAGAUGAUUUGAGUGUGUGUCAAUAUUGCGGUUUGUUGAAUAAGAGGAUGUUUGAGCUGGUCCCAUAUCCGUAUUUUUGUUAUUUGAUUAAUGAUCACACUCUAGUUUCAGAUGCUUCUUCUGUCCACAUGUUUGUCCGCACACCAAUUAUUAUGAUGCAUUGGAUCAUUCAAUAUAUAUGAUUUACUGACUUGAGAAUUACAC